CAGCACCAGAGAGUAGCGUGACUAGUGUUUGACCAAACGAAAAACACACAUUUACAUUGUUCUCUGUUUAAAAAGUCUAUCUUUUUUUUGUUUCAAACAAGAUAGUUGGGUAUUUGGAGGAGAGUUAAAGACAGUAAGAAAGAAAAAAAGCAUCACAAGAAGUUCCUGGACAAGAUAGAAUUGCUAGCAUGACGUCAUCCAAAACAGAGCCUAUUUCCAAGCCGACAACAACGCUGGAAGCCUCAACGCUCAAAAAAGGGUUGCUAUGGCAACAGAGAGACAAGUUCUUCAGCCGCUGGAAAGAGCGUUAUUUUGUUCUCACCCGAGAUUAUCUUGCAUGUUUUAAAAAAGAAGCGAAGGUUGGGGUAUCAGAAAUGGGAAGCUUCUUGUACAAGAUUAACCUAGUUGACAUCGAAGGACUCCAGUGGACAGACAAGAAACGUGAAGGUGUGAUCACUGUAGGUCUUGAUCAUGAAGGUCGGUUAAUGCUGUGGAAUCCGACAGAACUAGGUGACUGGAUGUUUGCCCUGCAGGAGGCUACUGGUUUGAGCAAGGGAAGACGAGAAAUUCUCAGAAAAUCUCAAAGCUUGCUUCCUCAGAUAACCGAUAGAAAACUUACUCGCAGCCAGUUGGAAAUACUAAAACACAAUCUCAACGAUGAUGUUACGUCAUCUUCUGUGCAUUACCGAAACCGAAGCUCAGAACAGCGAGAAAAUGGAAACAUACGGCCAACUUCGGAAAGGCAAUCAACACCACAUCUCGGAAAACGAGACCAAAGGAUGUCAGUGAUGACAGACAUUGAUCUAUAUGAUGAUCUUGGUGCCGAUGUCAGUGUCCUCUACCGAGCUGUUAUCUCACCAAGGCUAGCGCCACAAUGCUCUUCAGGGUCUCUCUCCUCAUUGGUGUCGUACGUAAGAAGUCCAGCAGCUCGAAGUCACCUUGAGAAAGUUUCGCCUCGCUCUCUGGGAAUGUCACCAGCACUCUCUGACCAUUCUUUGUACGCUCAACAUAUAUUAUCUACAUCAGAAAUUUCGACCAAUGAUACAAAGCGAAAAAAAAUCGGAUCUGCUACUGCUAAUUCUGAAUUUUCAUACAUUCGUUCCGAUAUACCAGUUUCUAGUCUUUCCGCCAAAGAGAGCAUUGGUCGACUGUGCCAAACCUCGGUCAUUAGUGAGACGACUGAUUGUGAAGGUUCAGUAUCAUGGACAACAAAGGUACUUGCUCAACUCGAAAAGCUCCAUAUUUUAAAUCCUUCAGGUGAAAAUGUACGACCUUCCAGCAUUUAUGGACAACCUUCUUUAACUUCAGCGGCAUCUGUGUUUUCAACCAUACCGCCAGAUGUUGUUCCUGCGGCGAUCAAUGGUCAUCCUGAACUGAAACAGCCAUAUAAGCGUUUUACGCGUCCGUAUCAGUACACUAAAUCGGACACGUCAUUCAGCUUUGGUUCUUAAUACCUAAUCAAAAAUAAAGACACUUGGUACUGAUAUGAUAGUGAUGUGCACACUGUGAUAGAACAGGUGUUCCUGUCAGUAGUUAAAAGUCUUCAUAUCUACUGUUUUAUAAUCUUAUAAAAAAACAACACAGUCCUCAAAAUAUGUUACAUAAAAAAUAAAGUGAUACCACUAAAGUAACUAACUGAAGAGCGUUUAUAAAUACUUAUUAGUGGUCUCUAUAUAUGCAAUAUUUUAGAUACCAAAUCUUAGAUAUUUUGGUAUGAAUGACAAUUUCCGUACGUGUUCCCAACAUUUGGCCAAUAAUCCUUUGUUGCACACCUGAACAGAUACAACCAAAACCACAAAGAUAACAGAAUAGAUUAUUUUGUUAAUCUUACAUUCUAUUUUUUAUAUGAAAAUUUUUAAUAAGUCUGUAACAUACAGUGUUUCAUCUGAUUUGUCAUAAUCGUAGACAAGAAUGCGACGGGUGUGAUCGCAUUCCCUAAAUUGCGCCCGUUUAUCUAUAAAACAUAUUUAAAAGUGUAAAUACAGCCUCAAAUACCAUCAAAAUGCUUCAUUUUCAUUGAAAAUUUCCUUAUUUACAGUUGUCUGCUUACGUCCGUAUUAAUAGUAUCAGAGUUUGUAUUCAAGUAGUAUCUCAUUAAAAUACAUAGAAAAAUGUGGUUAACAGAAAUAAAAUGGUGGCCGUUUAUAUUUUGUCUAAAUAAAUAUCUGUUCUGUACAAAAAAAAAAUUUUUUGCAUAUGCAAAUAACCUGAUUGUUAAAUGUUAUUUUAGCAUGUUUGACCACUGUUAAUUGUUAGAAAAUUUCACGCAAAUAUUUUAACUUUUAUUAUAGUAUUAUUGUUGGAAAAAAAAUGAAAUCUACCUAUUAAAAACGUAAAAAAAUUCGCAGUUUCCUCGUCAUUUACCAUAAUGCCAAAUUCAGAGUUUUGAGUGUUAUAAUAAAUUUUUAACAUAAAAACAUCUUCAUACAGUACUCCAGGGCUUAUUAAAAUAUCUAAACAUUAUAAGUUGAGGAGGAGUUUCAACUAUGGGGUAAAAAGAACAAUAAAUGUAUAUAGUCAUUAUGAAACAAAACGGCAUAGUAGUGUAAAUGUGGUGAAUUUGGGAUAUUUAAGUAUUUGGCAUUUUAGAAAAUGAUGAGGAAAAUCAUGUGUUUUUUAAACCGAUUCCAGUAGUAGAUUCCUUUUUUUUCCAGAAAUAAUUCUGUAAAAAGUCAACAUUUUGAAACAGAAAAUCUCUUAUAAUUAGUGAUCAAAUAUCCUAAAAUGACUUUUUAUAAUUACCUCAUUUGCAUAUGCAAAAGCCUCUUUUUUUCACUUAACAAAUACCUCUAUGGACAUUUCGUUUCUGUUGACUUUAUUGACCUAAAAGUAGGGUAAACAGUUCCGUUUUUUCUAUGUAUUUCAAUGAGAUACGACUUGAAUAUUAAACUCUGAUCAUUUAUUUUACCAGUACUCCUUUGAUUGUAAUAGAAAAAAUUCCAGUUCUGAAAUAGAAAUAUUAUUAAAUAUUGAGAUCAUUUUGUGUUAUUAUUUGUUUAAUCAUACGACACUACAAUCCCAAAUGAAGAAAAUAUUCGAAAUGUUUAAUUUCAUUAAAAAAUACUAGUCGACAGAUUGUGUUCAUGACGAUUUUUAUAGCCAGAAUAAAUAACAUUUGUACAAAUUUAUUUUAAAAUACAUAUGUCGGAUAUUUUAUUUUCGAACAUUUUACUGGUGCGUUUUAAAAAAGUUGAAAGAAAUAUGAAUUUAUCAGAAUAAACAAGCUUUCACAGUGUGCUGUGUUCCGGUUAAGUGUAAGUCAGUUUUAUAACAAAAGAAUAGUUAACUUUUAAAUAUGCUACAAAAAGAACAUUGAAAUUACUAUCUCUAGUCGUUAUUUUCCCGUCAACUCUUAAGCGUUUUUCUCAAAUAAUCGACCAUCGGUAUCUUAAUGGUACAAACGAAUAUGGACAUAAGAUGUAAAAAGGGAGAAACUUCUGAUCUUUUUUUUUUUUCCAUUUCUGAAAAGUUUAUUGUUUAGUUAGAAACGGACAACCUUGUUAUAAUUGGUGCCAUGUUUGGAAAUUAUUGUGUUCUUCGUAACACAAAAUAUUUUUGUGUAAUACCUUGUUUUCAAGCUUUUAAAAUUAUAUAAAACCUUUAAGGUUAAAGUAAAAAACGGAAAACAAAUCAUGUAAUAAACUGUGGUUAGCGUGUACUUUAAAAACAUCUAUUAUUUCAAAUGUGAUUUAGCUUAAGGCUCCACAACAUGUACGCUUCUGACAGACUUUCAAGAUGUAUAACGAAAUAAUUUCGAUAUUAAUCUUUAUUUGAAAAUAUUUUAAUCGUUUUUUUUUUUUUCAUAGAUUAAAAAGUUGUUUUUGUGAAA